AGCAAAAAACCUCAGCGGCAUUUGGAGGCUACUGGGUGGAUGGUUGGGGCGCGCAGAACGGUUGGCCACCAUGCUGGUGCGCGUGGCGCUCGUGGCGGCGGGCCUGUCGGUGGCGCUGUGCCAGCUGACCACAAACCUGGACACCAUGCUGAACUGGUGUCUGGACGGCCGCCACCAUAAGACGCGUCCCGGCCCUGAGGACCAGCUGCACCAGGAGUGCACGCCGUGGAGGGAGCGUGCCUGCUGCACGGCCAACACCACGCGCCACCUGCACACCAGCAACCUGUACGGCUUCUCGUACGACCACUGCCCGGGCAAGCGCAUGUCCGCGCAGUGCCGCAGACACUUCGUGCGCGACUUGUGCUUCCACGAGUGCUCGCCGAACAUCGGGCCCUGGGUGGCGAAGGUGGACAUGAAGAUCCGCAACGAGCGCUUCUUCAAGGUGCCGCUGUGCGCCAGCCAGUGCAUCGACUGGUACGAGGACUGCAAGCACGACUUCACCUGCACCGACAACUGGUCGCGCAACUUCCGCUGGAAGAACGGCACCAACCACUGCCCGGCCGGCGCCCAGUGCUUCACCUUCGCUGAGGUGUACGGCAACGCGCAGCGCUUCUGCGAGACGGUUUGGGACCACUCGUGGAAGUACACGGAGGACGACCAGCCCUGCAUGCAGAUCUGGUUCCAGUCGGCCCGUGGGAACCCGAACGAGGCUGUGGCCCGCCUGCACGCCAUUCUGCACUCAGCAGCGCCCCGCACCGCGCCGGUCGGCUGGCUGGCGGUGCUGCUGCUGCUGCUGCUGGCGCCGCUGCUGUGA